ACAGAGCGCGCGAAUGCACCCCACGUCUCUCACAACCUAGCUAGCUGUUAGCUUAGCGUCUUUCACAGUGUGCCUUUUAACAACACCAGGGGGUCUGCUGGCGCACGAGAGGAGGAUCUGAGAUAAGGGUAUUUGGGCUCCGCAUCUCAAUUAUUAGCCUCAAUUCGCUGUGGACUAUCAGCGACUUAUAUCUGCAAUGGCGGACAAGGAAGUGUGUCCUCUCUCAGCAGGAGCAUUUGAUGAUGCGGUGGAGGAGAGGGUGAUAAACGAGGAGUACAAGAUCUGGAAGAAGAACACUCCCUUCCUGUAUGACUUGGUGAUGACCCACGCUCUAGAGUGGCCCAGCCUCACCGCUCAGUGGCUGCCCGACGUCUCCAGGCCAGAGGGGAAGGAUUACAGCGUGCACCGGCUGGUGUUGGGCACUCACACAUCCGAUGAGCAGAACCACCUGGUCAUCGCCAGCGUUCAGCUGCCGAAUGAUGACGCCCAGUUUGAAGCCUCACAUUAUGACAGCGAAAAAGGAGAGUUCGGAGGCUUCGGCUCAGUGAGUGGCAAGAUCGAGAUAGAAAUCAAGAUCAACCACGAAGGAGAGGUGAACCGUGCUCGCUACAUGCCCCAGAACCCCUGCAUCAUCGCCACCAAGACCCCCACCUCAGAAGUGCUGGUGUUUGACUACACCAAGCACCCCUCCAAGCCAGUAGAUGCCUCGGGAGAGUGUCACCCCGAUCUGCGUCUCAGAGGCCACCAGAAGGAAGGCUACGGUCUCUCCUGGAAUCCAAAUCUGUCCGGCUCUCUCCUCAGUGCGUCAGACGACCAUACAAUCUGUCUGUGGGACAUAAGUGCCGUGCCGAAGGAGGGGAAGAUAGUAGAGGCAAAGACCAUCUUCACCGGCCACACUGCCGUGGUGGAAGAUGUCUCCUGGCACUUGCUUCACGAGUCGCUCUUUGGAUCCGUAGCCGACGACCAGAAGCUCAUGAUUUGGGACACUCGUUCGAACAACACGUCUAAACCCAGCCACGCAGUAGACGCUCACACAGCAGAGGUCAACUGUUUGUCAUUCAACCCGUACAGCGAGUUCAUCCUCGCAUCCGGCUCUGCAGACAAGACUGUGGCUCUUUGGGACUUGAGAAACUUGAAACUGAAGCUGCAUUCCUUCGAGUCACACAAGGAUGAGAUCUUCCAGGUUCAGUGGUCACCUCAUAAUGAGACCAUACUGGCGUCCAGCGGAACAGACCGCCGCCUCAACGUCUGGGACCUCAGUAAAAUCGGAGAGGAGCAGUCACCAGAAGAUGCAGAGGAUGGCCCACCCGAGCUUCUGUUUAUCCAUGGAGGCCACACGGCUAAGAUCUCCGACUUCUCCUGGAAUCCCAACGAGCCCUGGGUCAUCUGCUCGGUGUCUGAAGACAACAUUAUGCAAGUCUGGCAAAUGGCCGAGAACAUCUACAACGAUGAAGACCCCGAGGGUUCGACGGACCCCGAGGCCACGGCGUAACUCUUUCCUGCCGUGCGUCUCAACCAACGACCUCAUCACAAUCUGCGAUCUCCUGUACUUCCUUCCGCGCAGCUACUUCCUCCCACCUUCCUUUCUCUCUACUUUUCCCGUGGGACACCGUACGCUGUAAAUCACUGUAAAUACAAGAAAGAGAAUAAUCGUGUCAGCCGUGUUUUUGAAUACUCACAGUGAAGAGCUCUCCUUUAACUGAGUAACUUAUUUCCUGAAGAAUCUCACUCAUGUUUUUUUUUUUCCCGCACUGCGUAUAAAAUAUAUAUUUUUGUAAUCAAAUUGGCUCUCCCUCGUACACGGACAUGUUUUAGCGAAUACAUUUUCAAUAAUAAAUGAAAUGCUUUUUUUUUUUAGAACCUGAGAUGGUGAUCACAACAACAAGUGAUGAUUCAUAAUGUUGAGCUGUUAGAGUGUGAACAGCUCCCUCUGCACAUGUUGGAAAUGUUGCAGGAAAAAAAUAUUCAUGUUUUAAGUGAAAUGCAGUCCAGCUUUCUGACUAGAUGCACAGCGUAGUGACAGUUACUCUGACAGCUUGUUCUCAGGCUAGCUUACGGUCCUAAAGACGCCUCAUUAUCUCCCUCCUUCACUCACCGAAUUGUUCAGAUUUUCACACCAUCUGCUCCUCAAUGAAAUUACAAAAAAUACAUAAAAAAAUAAAGUUUUAAAUGUCCCUUUGUGUUCCCACCUUCCCUCACCUUGGUCCUACAUUAAUCAUUUGUCGUGAUAUAGAUUAGUGGUUGAACUUUUUCUGUGUUCAAUAUUUUGUAAUUGUACAGUGAGUGCAUUCUUAAUAAAAUGUUUCAUUGGUC